UAAAGCUUGACAUCCUUUCAGUGGAUGGUCAGUGAGUGUCUGUCUCAGGGGCUGGGUUUCUCCUUUACCCAAGAAGAGGGGAAAAAAAGCAUAGUUUCAAGUAUGACGAGACAAAGACACUGAGUGGACACUGACAAUAUAAUGAUUUAAAAACUUCCACAACUCACCAUGGCCAUAAGGGAGCUCAAAGUUUGCCUUUUAGGGGACACUGGAGUUGGGAAAUCCAGCAUUGUUUGCCGAUUUGUUCAGGAUCAUUUUGACCACAACAUAAGUCCCACAAUAGGAGCAUCGUUCCUAACCAAAACAGUGCCAUCUGGAAAUGAACUACACAAAUUUCUGAUCUGGGAUACAGCCGGACAGGAAAGGUUUCACUCAUUAGCUCCUAUGUACUACCGAGGAUCGGCCGCUGCUGUCAUUGUCUAUGACAUUACUAAACUGGACUCUUUCCAGACACUGAAGAAGUGGGUGAAGGAGCUGAAAGAACACGGUCCAGAGGACAUUGUUGUAGCCAUAGCAGGGAACAAGAAUGACUUAGGAGACAUCAGGGAAGUUCCUAUGAAGGAAGCUAAGGAGUUUGCUGAAUCAAUUGCAGCUAUUUUCAUCGAGACUAGUGCCCGGAACGCUGUCAAUGUUGAGGAGCUCUUUCAGAAAAUCAGUAAACAGAUCCCACCCCUGGAAAACCCUGAGGUGGAUAGCAACGACUCCUUCAAACUCACCCGGCAGCCUGCUCCGUCCACCAGGAGAUGCUGCUAGUACCAACGGUGGCUGAUGAGAUUACUUCCUGCAGCACCAGGGACCCCACUAGCACAGCACAUAGUCCACAAUGCACACUGAGUCUUACUCCUGGAAAAGACAAGACGGUGGACAGACAGAGGUCAGCUUGCAUGUGUGGUCAACUGCAACAUGAAACAACAGUAUUAUAUGGGUCAUUGCACAUUUAAUUCAUUUAGUUGUAGCAGUCUGAUGAGGUCUGGGAGCAGAAUGCCUUCAGUUUGUCCCCCUCAGGUGGUGUUUUGCCUGAAUUACAUAAAGAUGUCUGUCUGGGUGGUACAGUAUAGUACACAGCUCAUUACAAGGAGGCAGUUUUAUCCCAUUUUACAUAGCAACUUUUAAAAUUCAGCACACAUUAAUAAGAAGUCAUCUAGCAGUUGUGCUUUUUAAAGCCGGGUUUUGGCUGUCGAUGCAUUUUCAUUUCGAGAGUCAACUGCUCUGUAGAUUUUCAUGUCACUGUGGCUCUUAAAUGGCACACAUUUAAUGAAGGUUUUUAUAUAUUUUUUAUCAAGGCUAUACUUGUCUUCUCAUGGAGCUUUUGUGUACAUGUAUGCAUCACUAAUUAGAAUAUUUUGAAUAAGAGGUUGUGGAAAUCAAACCUUAAGACAAACAUUCAGUUCUGUAGCUCAAUUGCAGCGGCUUUACAUUCCACUUCGUCAUCAUGUGUUUUCACACACAUUAACUGUAUAAGGGUUUAACUGUAAUGCUGCAGAAUGAACAGCUUAGAGGCCUAAUUACGGUAUGACACCCCCUGUUGAAACACUGUGAUCAAUACUAGAAUUGUUUACAUGGCGAUUUGUUAAAGAUGUUUUCUACAUGCUGAAAUGUAUUGUCUGAGAUUUCACUACAGGGAAUGAAUGUACACGACAUGUAUUUUUACCUGAAAAAGGGGGUUACAUUUAUACUGUUAAGAAGAGAAAAGACCUGCAUGUAUUUUACUCAAACAUGUCUAAAGCUGUUAAAAGUCUACUUACUAGCCAAACUCUAAAAGAACAUGGGAAUAAAGCCCUAAACCAAUGUUAGCUUGCAAAGAAGUAGAAAAAGGGUAACAAUGAAAAUAGUCCUUAGCCCAGUUGUGAAAACUAAGAUUAUGUAUAUUGUUUGCUGCUGGUCCUUUUGCGGUAGUGCCCUUGUAUUUGACCACUUGAGAAAUUUAUAACAGCACUUUUGCUUACAUUUAACAGUAUUAAUUUGGAGUCACUUUUUGCUUAACAGUAUUCUGGUUAUACAUUUCCAGUUGGUACAAAUGAAAAACUCAUUUAAAAAUGCACCACUUUUUACCAACUUGUACUGUAUGUUGGAAUAAUGGAGUUCAAUUUGUAGUUUUUAAUGCAAUUAUGGUAUAAUUUUGCUGAUAUGUACCGUUGUCUUUAAUGGAAAGUCACACCAAACUCCUUUCAAAAAUCUGCCAAUUAAUGUGGCCUUGCUUCCACUAAAAUGUAACUCAGUGAUUGGCUGAAAUUGAGCCAUAAUUCAAACCAAAUUAAGCUGAUUGGUGGUCCAGAUGUACAGUAGAUUGAUAAAAAAAAAAAAGAAGAUUUUUCAAUGCAGUUUGGCAUGAUAUUACCUCCAUACAAGAGACAAUGACAUAUUGAGCAAAUCAAUUUUAUUAGAGGUAACAUGUUGACAUUGUGAUGAGAUUUUCAAGUAUUAUAUUUGUCGCCACACAAGUGCCUUUUUUAUGUUUUUCUAAACAAAAGUAUGACAUGGCUUAAAAGUGCAUACCGCUAGAAUAAUGCAUGAAUUAAAUCAGUACAGACUAAUUGCACACAUAACAGCCACUUUUGAAAUUACCAAUUAUCUGCAGCCAUCCGUGUGCCUAAGUCAUGCUUCCCUGUAUCCUCUGUAGACCAGAUUAACUUUUGUAUAUUAAUCAGUGUAAUAAAGUAGUGACAAAUGUA